AUGUACAUCAAGCAGGUGAUCAUCCAAGGUUUCCGUAGUUACCGGGACCAAACCACCAUCGACCCCUUCAGUCCCAAGCACAAUGUUGUGGUUGGAAGAAAUGGAUCAGGAAAGAGCAACUUCUUUUAUGCGAUCCAGUUUGUUCUGAGUGACGAGUUUAGUCACCUGCGUCCUGAGCAGAGGCAGGCUUUGCUACAUGAAGGCACAGGGCCCAGAGUCAUCUCUGCCUUUGUAGAGAUUGUGUUUGACAAUUCCGACAACAGGCUGCCGAUUGACAAGGAUGAGGUAACUCUUCGACGUGUCAUCGGCUCCAAGAAGGACCAAUAUUUCUUGGACAAGAAGAUGGUCACUAAGACAGACGUGAUGAACCUUCUGGAGAGUGCUGGAUUCUCCCGUAGUAACCCGUACUACAUUGUCAAGCAAGGAAAGAUUAACCAGAUGGCGACAGCCCCAGACUCUCAGCGUCUGAAGCUCCUGAGAGAGGUGGCUGGCACGAGGGUGUACGAUGAGCGCAAGUCUGAGAGCCAGAACAUCCUCAAAGAGACAGAGGGAAAGCAGGAGAAGAUUGAAGAACUGCUGAAGUACAUUGAGGAGAGGUUGGCAACACUGGAGCAGGAGAAAGAAGAACUGAACCAGUACCUAAAAUAUGACAAGAUGAGACGAUCCUUGGAGUACACAAUUCAUGACCAUGAGCUGAGGAAUACACGCAACCAGCUAGAGGAUCUUUCCAAUAAGCGAGACAAGAGUGGGCAACGCUCACGGGAGCUGCGUGAUAGUGCACAGGAAGCAGGAGAUAAGUGCAAGGGACUGAGUAAAGAUAUCCGUGAACUGAAGGCCAACAUGCAAGCAUUGGUUGAGGAGAAGGACCAGCUGAUGUCAGAGCGGCAGGACGUGUUCAAACGCAGGGCCAAACUGGAGCUGCGUGUACAGGACAUGGAGCAGGAACUACAGGGGGACAGGGACAGUAAGGCCCAUGCAGAGUUGGAGCUGCAGAGACUGCAGGAGGAGAUAGCUGUACGACAGGAGGAGCUGGACCAGAUCACAGAACCCUACAACGAGCUCCGCACCAGGGAGGAUGAAGUCACCAACAGGCUUGCCACUUGUGAACAGAAGAGAGCAGCGCUGUAUGCCAAGCAAGGCCGUGGGAACCAGUUUCGCAACGAGGACGAACGUGACAGAUGGAUCAAGAAAGAGCUGAAUUCUCUGAAGAAAACUGUCAAUGACAAGAAGGAACAGAUUCGCAAGCUGAGGGAGGACAUCGAGAGCAACCACAAACGUCAGGAGGAUUUGGGAAACCAAACAAAGCAACGAACAGAGGAGAUGGAGAACCUGCGAGGUCAGAUGGACGAGCUAAACAGGAAGUACUACGAACAGAAGACACAGAAGGACCAUCUACAGAAUGAGCGCAACUCCCUGUGGCGCACAGAGAACAGCAUGCAGCAGUCCAUCGCUGGGACUCGGGAGGAGCUCAGUAAGACACAACAGCAGCUGCGCUCACUCACCGGCAAGGCCAUUCUGAAUGGAAUGGACAGUGUGCACAAGAUCCUGGACAUGUGGCGCCGAGACGUGGACAAGAGGAAGGUCGCCGACGGUUACCACGGCACGAUGAUCGAGAACUUCGAAUGCGACAAAAACUUCUUCACCUGCGUGGAGGUGACAGCUGGGAACAGAUUAUUCUACCACAUCGUGGACAAUGCCGACAUUGCAACAGAGAUCCUGAAGGAGAUGAACAAACGGAAGAUGCCCGGGGAGUGUAACUUCAUGCCACUGAACCGCCUGGAUGUCAGGGGCACCAACUACCCGGAGACACCGGAUGCUCUGCCCAUGAUCAACCAGCUGCGCUUCGACCAGAAGCUGAACAAAGCCUUCCAGCACGUCUUCGGCAAGACCCUGAUCUGUCGCAGCAUGGAGGUGGCCACACAGUUCGCACGCACACAGAACCUGGACUGUAUCACUCUGGAAGGUGACCAGGUAAGUCGUCGAGGGGCCCUGACUGGUGGGUACUACGACACACGGAAGUCACGGCUGGACCUGCAGCAGACCAAAGUCUCCCUGACGCAACAGCUGGAGGCGCAGGAGACGGAGUACGAGAUCAUGAAACAGAAACUGGACGAUAUUGAAUCCAGGGUGACCAAUGUGCUCAGUGAGAUGCAGAAACUGGAGACUAGAAACAGCAAAAACAAGGACACAUACGAGAGAAUGCGCAGCGACAUGCGGAUUAUGAAGGAACAAUUUCAGGCCUUGCAGAGAUCUCUGCAACCUAAGGAGCGUAGUCUGAACAGUCAGCAGUCUGAGCUGGAGGCCAUGCGGUCCACCACGGAGUCCCUUCAGGCAGAGAUGGGCACGUCUCUCAUGUCCCAGCUGACUGUGGACGACCAGAGAGAGGUGGACAGUCUAAAUGAUGAGAUUGCAGCCCUGCGUCAGGAGAAUAAGGACGUGCUGAAGAGACGGUACGACCUGGAGCAGCGUAAGAAUAGGCUGGAGAACAAGAUCACUGACAACCUGAUGCGGCGCCGUGAGCAGCUACAGAUGGAGCUUCAAGACAUUUCUGUGGAGAGUAAAAAGUCACGGUUGGACACAGCCAGGGAGGAGCUGAGCACCCUGGCCAGAGGCAUGGAGUCAGCAGUCACACGGCUGGACGACAUUGAACGAGAGGUUGACCACAUGAACAGGGACCUGUCCGAGUUGCAGUCUAGCCUGGAGGAAUGGAAGAGAAAGGAGGUUGAGCACUCGGAGAGAAUCAAUGAUGAUGCCAAGGAGCUGGAGAAGAUGACCAACAAACAGAGCCUGCUUCUAAAGAAGAAAGAGGAGUGUAUGCGCAAGAUCAGGGAGUUGGGCUCUCUCCCUAGUGACGCUUUUGAGAAAUAUCAGAGUCUGUCCCUCAAGGCAUUGUUCAAGAAGUUGGAGCAGUGUAACCAGGAGUUGAAGAAGUACAGCCACGUGAAUAAGAAAGCGUUGGACCAGUACGUCAACUUCUCGGAACAGAAGGAGAAACUGCUGAAGAGAAGGGAUGAGCUGGACAGGGGACACAGGUCUAUCAUAGAACUGAUGGAUGUUCUGGAGCAUAGGAAGUAUGAGGCUAUCCAGCUCACUUUCAAACAGGUUUCCAAGUAUUUCAGUGAGGUGUUUGAGAAGCUGGUCCCAGGAGGAAAGGGGAAACUGAUCAUGAAGACAGAGGCACCAGAGAACCCAGAAGAUCUGGAGGGAGGCAGCCAGGCGUCAUCUCAGACCAGUCUACCACCUGUAGAACAGUUCACAGGGGUGGGCAUCAAGGUGUCGUUUAACGAGCGUAACGAGGGGAUGAAAGAGAUGCAGCAGCUGUCGGGUGGCCAGAAGUCCCUGGUGGCCCUCACCCUCAUCUUUGCCAUCCAGAAGUGUGACCCUGCACCCUUCUACCUGUUUGAUGAGAUUGAUGCAGCCCUGGACUCCACACACAGAACAGCCGUAGCACAGAUGAUCCAGGAGCUGUCCUCCGACGCACAGUUCAUCACCACAACCUUCCGUCCUGAGCUGCUGGAGACAGCAGACAAGUUCUACGGAGUCAAGUACAGGAACAAGGUCAGCCACAUAGAAACCUGUGUCAAGCUGGAUGCCCUGGACUUCGUGGAAGAUGACACCACACGCCAAUAGGUCAGCCACAUCGAAACAGUCAACAAGGAUGAGGCUGUGGAGUUUGUGGAAGAUGAUUCACCACACCACUGAGGAAGCUAAACCACCACCGUGUUAUCAACUCAACAGUCUUGUCCAAUAUCAGGCAAAAUACUUAAACAUAAGUCCACAUCACAUUCCAUCAAUACGUCCUUGCUGUUCUGAAGUAAGUUUGGACUGUCACACAGUCAUAGCUGGCUAAAAAAGCAGCUGGUUCUUCUUACUGACUUCUCAAUUGAACACUUGUGAACAUGAGAAUCCAAAACUGGCAUCAGGUCAUGUACAGUCAGAUGUUUUGGUUGUGUUUGGUUCAGUUGUAGACACUACAACACCUCAAGUGAAUUCUACUGUAUGUUAUGACUAUUGUGUUUGAGAUGAGAAGAAAGAGAAGCAUUAAUGUUGUUCAUGUGAAAGGUAAAUUGUAUUCUGUUUCAACUCUUAGGCUUAUAUUGUACUGAAGUAAAUUUGAAUCAAGAUGUAGUGGUCGACACUUCCAUUCCAUGUUAAGUUGUGACACUACACAAUGCAUGUCUUGCUAGUAUAAACAUGGAUUUUAGUUAAAACACUUGAUGAAAGAAUAGAAGACGCGAUUUUGGCUGGUCAAGUUUGCCAAUUCUGAACCAGUCAUAGUUAUGUUAGCUGUAGUUGAUGCCAUGUGGUAGAGUUGUUAUGUACAUUAACAAGACAACAUUCCAAACAGUUGAUAGUGUGGGUAUCAGGGCAUGUUCCUAGCAUUAUAAAGUUCUAGUUUAUUAAAGUUGGCAAGUUUUCUACUUAUAUGGUAAUCAUGAUUAUGUAAGAUUGUAUCUGAUGAUGUUUAGGAUCAAUAUACAGUUGUAUUUGCAAUAUCUCAGAAUAAAUGUGUUGACAUUUUGACAU